AUGGCGAGGCGCGACUCCCCGCCGGACUCCCCUUUGUCAUCAAUGGCAUCCUCAGAUGCCGAGGUCUACGAUGAUGAUGUCCAAGAAGACGUCGAAGAGACAGAGCUGCCCCCGGCGAAGCGACUAAAACUCGGUGGUGGUUCUACGGCUUCGUCAGCCAUUGUCGCAGAGCCAGAUCCCGAGCCGGAUCCGCUCGAGGGAAUCGAUGUAUCUUCCGACUCUUCGGGCGACAUUCCCAGCUCCCCGAUCAACGUGCGACUCGAGGAGGACGACUUUCAGGAGCAGGUGACGGUCUGCGCAUGGGAGGGAUGCAAGGCUGGUGAUUUGAAGAACAUGGACAAACUUGUCGAACACAUUCAUAAUGACCAUAUCGAGGGCCGACAAAAGAAGUACACGUGUGAAUGGAUUGGCUGCAACCGGAAAAGCAUGCCACAUGCUAGCGGAUACGCAUUGAAGGCGCAUAUGAGAAGCCAUACAAGGGAGAAGCCGUUCUACUGCUAUCUACCGGAAUGCGACCGCGCCUUCACGCGUUCCGAUGCCCUCGCGAAGCAUAUGCGAACUGUUCACGAGACAGAAGCGCUCCGACCAUCAGACCCAGUACCAAAAAGCAUGCAGGCCGGCGGCGGACCAGCGGGCAAGUCUGCGAAACUUAAGAUCAUUAUCAAGACGCCGCAGUCGCACGCGGCCGGUCAGGACGAUGCCAUAGACGAUGGGUCAAAUGCGGAUGAUAUUGCGGACCUCUUCACUCCUCUCACUGAAGAGCAGGGCUUUACUGCGAAGGAGAUUGCCUUGCCUCUUGAGCAACUCCACUCUCUGUGUAGGCGGCAGGUGCGGUGGGCAGAGAAAGAUGGCGAGGAGCUCAAGAAGCAGUGCAAGAAGUGGGAGGAUGUGUACAAGAAGGCAUGGUUGGAAAAGGAGGUGCUAUUGGAUCAGGUCAUCAAGAGCGAGAUGGACUGGUAUGGCCGGAGGAGGCAAGUGCUCUCUGGAGUGGCCGAUGUCGUUGUGAACGGCGCUGGAAGCGCAGACGAGGCAACCGUUACUGUUGAGAACGGGGGCGUCGAGGCUGAGAAGGAGAUCGAGGUUGAGGACUAA